AUGCCGUCGCCUGAGCGUGCUCAGGCCGAGGGAAGCUCCACCGCCGCCACCGCCGCCGCGCCGCUGCCGUUGGCGGCUGACGAGGCCGAACUCGCCGUGGUCGAUGUAGACGACGACGUCGACUCGGCCUUCGAGGACGGCGACAACAUCUCCGAAACCACCUCCAUCUCAUCCUCGAUCUACCGAGGGCGCAUCAUCAAUGGACGCCGGUACUCGUCGCUGAGGGACGACUACUGGGGCCCUUCCGACGAACAGCAAUACGAGACCCUCAAUGCCGGCCAUCUGCUGUACCUGGUCUUGGACUCCAACCAGCCGAAUCCGCUGUUUCGGUCGCCGGUCGCGGAGCCACACAAUAUCCUCGACAUCGGCACCGGGCCCGGCACGUGGGCCAUCGACGUGGCCGACCAAUUCCCCGCCGCACAGGUCUAUGGCGUCGACCUUUCUCCGCCACCGUCGUCGUGGGUGCCGCCCAAUUGCUUUCUCCAGGUCGACGACGUCCUGGAGGAGUGGACGUGGCGGGAGAAGUUCGACCUGAUCCACAUGCGUCUGAUGCUCGGAGCCUUCACCGACAAAGAAUGGGAGUCCGUGUACGAGAAAUGCUUCGACAACUUGAAACCCGGAGGAUACAUCGAGCAGAUCGAGAUGGACGUCCGGGUGUUGUCGGACGACGGCUCUGUCGACCCGGACUCGCUGAUAGCGGGCUGGGGUCAGACUUUUCUCGAUUGCGCCCAGCGGGCCGGCCGACCGCUGGACACGCAGUUGACCAUGCGAGCCAAGAUCGAGGCCGCGGGCUUCGUCGACGUUCAGGAACAACUGUACAAAUGCCCGAUCGGACCGUGGCCCAAGGAUCAGCUGCUCAAGGAUGCCGGGAGGAUCAACAUGGCCCAGUGGAGCUCCGGCCUCGACGGCUGGGCCAUGUUCUUGUUGACGAGAUGGGGCGCGCCGGAGCCGUGGACCGCCGACGAAACCAGAGUAUACGUGGCGAGAGUGAGGGAAGAACUCAAGAGGCCACGGCUGCACGCCUGGAAUUACACGUAA